AUGCUUAUCGUUAGGACUGCUGUACUUCGUCUAUUCGGUAACAGAUGUAUCGCCGCAUUUAUAGAGAAUGGGGGACGCUUUGAAGGGGUAGAAGUGGCUAAGGAUGAAGUGGCGACGCAUAGUAUGGGAGAGGGGUGUGCAAGCUGGCGUUGUUGGACACGCCUGAGCAAUCCGGAGCACGUUGAGUUGAUACUGAAGUCCGCGGAUCUCUCACCGAACCAGGUACUCCAGAUUGUCCCUGACCUGCUUGGAGCUAAGUCAGCGGCUGUGUCUGAGCCUAAGUAUGCGAAAUGCGCCCUCCGUAUCUCCCAGCAGCUUCAUUGCGGCCUCGCAGAACACGUCGGAUGCAUCGAGUUCAACAGAGUCGGCAAUAUCCUCACCCGCGAGGCACUUCCAAUGAAAGAUCUCCGUUUGGGGGUUGGUUGCGAUCUUGGCACUAGCAAGGCGCUAGUAGCGCUCGUGAAAACUCCUGGCUCCAACGUGUGGAAGUUCAGGGUAAUCCGAUGGACUGCAGAAGAAUCAAGGGAAUCACUAAUCCCUAAAAGAGUCGAGAUGAGUAACAGUCAAGGUUUACCAACAAGAGGAGCCCGCCCUGGUCGGGUACAGCUCACUGCACCUAGCGGACGGAGCCGAGCCAGCCCUGCUUCCGAAGCAAUGUUGUUCAUAGAGACGUACACAAUAUUAACUCAAGAACAACCGCUUUUGGAGAGCAGAGGCAGUGCGAUGCUAGUUGACAAGUCGAUCGCCUUGAGACCAAAGAAAAGAAAAACACUUACGCUCAAACCAUUAAAUGAAAAGAGCGCCACCAUCGGAAAUGCUGGCUCUCCGAGGGAUGAGGCAGUAUCCCAUAUCCCAAGCCAGAUCUCUAAGCAAACUCGCGACGUUGAAGAUACCACCCGAUGGUUGGGAGUCGCUGAGUGGAAGGCGGGCGCCAAGCUAGGGAAGAUGGUCUUACUAAUGGAGAAGCUUGUCCCAGGAGUGGGGAUAUGGGUGAAUCCAUAUGACCCCGACAUAGAGGAUGGCGCCUCAUUGAUAACUGGCACGUCUCCGAGAUCGUUUGUUGGCAGAACUGCAACAGACAUCUCGCAGGCCAAAACAGCAUCCAUUUGGAUUCCCCGUCCGCUGAGUUGCUGCAUCUCCGAGGCUCGAUUGCUCCGAUUUCCAAUAUGCAAUAAACUGUCUUGUGCUAUCGAACGAAGAGAAGCGGAACAAGUUCGCACGAAGCGGACGCUUUACGUGGAGAACCUCGUCGCUACCUUUCCUAUCCGUGACGUUAUCGUCCGAACUUCGCCUGAGGCUAGCGGCAAGGAUAUGAUCAGAAGUUUGAGGAUAGGGUGA